GCACAAGCUCCUUUCUCCACUAUUCAACAAUGACUUCCAUUGCCAACACCACUGCCCCGGCGCUCUUUUCGGCUCUGACACUCGGCGGCAAGGAGGAUCGUGUCCAGCUGAAGCAUCGUGUUGUCAUGGCACCUCUCACUCGUGUGCGCUCGGGUGACUCGGGCGUACCAACGAACGUGGUGAAGCUGUAUUACUCGCAACGUGCAACGGACGGAGGGCUGCAGAUCUCCGAGGCCACGAACAUCAGCGCCACGGCUCGUGGCUACUUUGGCGCUCCUGGGCUCUUUCGUCCGAAUCAAGUAGAGGGCUGGAGGGCGGUAACUGAAGCUGUGCAUGCAGAAGGCGGUAAGAUAUUCGCGCAACUUUGGCAUACUGGACGUGUGGGCCAUCCACUCAACCAGCCAAACGGCCAGCUCCCAGUGUCGUCAAGUGCCACCGCUUUUGACGGCGUGAAGAGCCACGCCGUGACGAGCGAAGGACGCAAAGACUACGUGACACCUCGAGCACUAAACAUCUCGGAGAUUCCUGGUAUAGUUGCUGACUACCAACGCGCUGCAGAGAACGCCAUCACUGCAGGGUUUGAUGGCGUAGAAGUCCACGCGGGCAACGGAUAUCUACUGGAGCAAUUCCUAUGCGACGGCGUGAAUAAGCGCACAGAUGCGUAUGGCGGUAACAUCGAAAACCGCGCACGAAUUAUCUUUGAAGUGCUGGAGGCUGUCCUCUCUGUUGUGCCAUCGAGUCGGGUUGGCAUUCGUCUGUCCCCUUUCGGUGAGACGUUUGGAUGCAAGGACUCAACGCCACGCGAGACGUACGGGUACGUGGUUGCGAGACUAAACGAUUACGACCUGGCCUACCUACACGUAAUCGAACGGCGUGGUCGCCAUGCAGACAGCGUUAACGCCCCAGCGAACGGAGUGGCGCACCACUUCCGCGGCAUUUACAAUGGAGUUUUAAUCGCGGCUGCAGGAUUCGACCGCGUCGACGCGAUUCGAGUCGUCGAGGAUGGCACGACGGAUCUGGUUGCCUUCGGUAGAUACUUCAUUUCGAACCCGGAUCUCGUGCAGCGUCUGCGCGUCGAUGCAGACCUGAAUGCAUUCGACCCGAAGACGUUUUACGUGCAGCCGGAUACGUCGGUAGAGGCCGGAUACACAGAUUACCCAUUUUUGGGCGAGGAAGACAAGGGCGUGCGCCCAGCUGGAUGCGCCUAG